UCUAUAAAGGUUUGUGAGGCUCCACCCAGGAUGGUAGUUUGGCUAAUCUGAGCUUCUGUGAAGGUUUCUGAACAUUACUCGAGAGGAUGGCAGUGAAUAAGAAAGGUGGGAUUCGUCUGAGUGGGCUAAGCCCCAAAUUCCUGCAUACCAACUCCACAAGUCAUACGUGGCCUUUCAGCGCAUUCGCUGAACUUAUUGAUAAUGCUUCUGAUCCCGAUGUUAAUGCCAAGCAAAUAUGGAUUGACCAAACGGCCAUUGAAAGCAAUAUGUGUCUGACAUUUACAGAUAAUGGAAAUGGCAUGACUCAGGAUAAGUUGUAUAAGAUGCUCAGCUUUGGUUUCAGUGAUAAAGUUGCAAUAAAGGGCAAUCUUCCCAUCGGACUUUAUGGAAAUGGGUUUAAAUCAGGAUCCAUGCGGCUGGGAAAAGACGCCAUUGUGUUCACCAAAAAUAAAUUUGGCAUGCAUGUGGGCAUGUUAUCCCAGUCCUACUUGGAGAAAAUCAACGCAGAGCAUGUCCUGGUCCCGAUCAUAUCAUUCAAUAACAAAAAGCAGCUUGUACAGACGCCGGACUCAGAGGCAAAUUUAGGGGCAAUAACCACUUACUCUCUGCUGAACAGUGUGACAGAGCUCUUAGCUGAACUGGAUGCAAUUAUUGGCUCGAAGGGAACAAGGAUCAUUAUCUGGAGCCUGAGAUGUGACAACAGUGGAAACCCUGAAUUUGACUUUGAUUAUGAUAAAUAUGACAUCCGGAUUCCUGCAGAGAUUGAUGGGAAAAAGACAGAUUAUAAACAGCAGGAAAGAGUAGACCAGGCUACCCCUGACUGCGACUAUUCUUUGAGAGCUUACUGUAGCAUUUUGUAUCUAAAACCAAGAAUGCAGAUUAUUUUGAGAGGACAAAAGGUUCAGACACAACUGGUUGCUAAAAGCCUCGCACUCAUAGAAAAAGAUGUCUACAAGCCCCGGACUAUCGCAUCUGGAUCCAUAAAAUUUACAUUUGGAUAUAACUGCGUGAACAAGGAGCAUUAUGGAAUAAUGAUGUACCAUAAAAACAGGCUCAUCAAGGCUUACAUAAAAGUUGCCUGCCAAUUAAAGAAUAAGGGAGUUGGGGUUGUUGGAGUGGUUGAGUGCAACUUUCUAAAGCCCACACACAAUAAGCAGGAUUUUGAUUAUACAGAUGAGUAUAGGCGUACCCUGAAUGCAUUAGACAAUAAACUGAGUGAAUACUGGAAUGAAAUGAAGCUAAAAAAGAAUUCUCACUACUCAAGUGUUCCUGUAGAAGAUAUACAGAAAAUUCCAGACCAGAAUUGGGUUCAGUGUGAUCUGUGUCUUAAAUGGAGGAAAGUGGCGGAUGCAAUGGGGAAAUUACCAAAUAAGUGGAAAUGCAGUAUGAACACAGACCCACAAUUCAGAGAAUGUGUUGUGCCUGAGGAGCCUGAAGAUGAUGAUGAUACUACCCACUGCACAUAUGAGAAGACCCAUAAGAAAAGGAAAUCUGUACAGACCCUGCAGAUGACACCGGACAAAAAGUCAACUCCUGGCACACCACAGAAUAAGACUUUGCAACUAUCUCUGAGUUCAGGUCAGAGGGAUUUGGAACAGAAUCAGGAGACCGUGAGCAAAUCCAGAAAAUCUGAACAGCUUCAGCAGAAGACAUCAGACAAGCCUACAAUUCUAUUAAUACUUCAGAAUAAGAGAAUGAAGCCAUCUGUGCGUUCAAAUCAAAGGGAUUUUGAGCCAAAUCAGAGCCAGGGGAUGGAUAUCAGUGAAAGGAAAUCUAAGCAAAUUCAGCAGAUGACAGCAGACCAACCCACAGUUCAAUCCACACAACAAACAGAGGAUAUGCAGCCAUCUGUAAGUUCAGCUCAGAGGGAUUUUGAGCCAAAUCAGGGUCAGGGGACUGAUAUCAACAAACGGACAUCUGAAGGCAUUCAGCAGAUGACAGCAGACCAAACUGCCGUCCAAUUCACACCACAGAAUGAAGAAAUACAGCCAUCUGUAAGUUCAGCUCCGAUGGAUUUGGAGCCAAAUCAGAGACAGGGGACCAAUAUCAACAAAAGUUGUAAACAUCUGCUAUCUUAUGGGAAUACAUCUGCCAAGAAGCAAAAGCUCAUUGGAACAGAAACAGCCAAUCUCCUUCAAGAGAGCAAUGAUGAUGUUAUUAUAAUAGAAGAUAGUGGUACCAGUUCAGAUCCUGUUGCCUCAGAAAACAUGAAUUAUGAGUUAUAUGUCAAAAAAGAAGGUGAAAGCAAUGAUUGCAGCAGUCAAGAAAACCAGCAGAUGCCUGGUUCCAAGCUUUACUAUAAUGGAAUAACCCAACAUGAUAUGGGCACCACACACCAAGCUGAUCAUCCGGAAAGUUCCAAGGACACAACGGACCAAGAAAAAGAAAGACUGAAAAAGUACUGCGGAGAGCUGUUUGUCAAGGUGAAAGAAUUGGAAGAUCAGAUCUCAGGUCUGAGUAACAAGUAUGAAAAGUCUCUUAAAGAAAUAAAAAAUCUCAAAGCAGAGUGCGAGGUACUGCGGAACCUUAAGACUGAGCCAGACACAGGGCCUCAGGAACCAGCUGAGGACAGCAGUGAACUGGAUCAUAUGGCUUUGCAGAUGGACAGCUUAUUCAGACAGCUGGAUGCGUGUUCCACUGAACGAGAUCAGUAUAAAAUUGAGGUAAAACAAUUAAAAGAGUUGGUCUGUAAACUGAGAAGUAGUCAGGUUAAGAAAGUCUCUCACCAGGAGACACAGAGAGAUUUCAACUCACCAAACACUGCUGAACAUCCUUUGGGACAGUUGGCAGUCCAGCAUGAAGGGACCCUUAAAGAAAUCAACAGUUUGAAAGCAGAAUGUGAGGUGCUGCAGAGCCUAGAGUCUGAACCAGGCACCGGGACCCAGAAACCAGCAGAGGAGAACAGCAAAGUGGAUGAUUUGGUUUUGCAGCUGGAUGUGGGUUCCACGGAACAGGAGGAGUAUAAAAGAAAGCCUUAGGUUACAAUCUGCAAAAACGUGGCACAGCUGCUGACAACAUCGGUGCAUGACCUUCCAUUGUGAUUGCCUAAAUAAUCAGCAAAGAUUUAACUUCAUACAAGAUUUCAAAAAACGGGGGAAAAAGUGUUGUUUUUUUAAAAUGUUAAUUGAAUUUAUUAUGGUAUUGGUUUAUUUGUUUUAUUUCUUCAUUAAAAAAGGAA